AUCAUAAAAACAUUAUCAAGAUAACCUCAAAAAGCACACAAUGCGUUAAAGGUUGUGUUUAGAUUACAAAUAUAUAGAUUUUUAAACAUUAGAAGCAUCUGGGAACCACAAUUGAAAUGGGAAAGAAAAUAAAAGACAAAAAGAAAGGAAAGGGAGCAGAGAAAACUUUAGCGAAAACUGAAAAGAAACUUUCCAAUAAGUUGAAAAAAGAACUGCAAGCCAUGGGAGAGGACGACAUUGAAGAUAUUGUUGCCCAAAUUGAAAAAGAAGAACAAAAGAGACUGCAAGUGAUAGAGGCUGUUAUAGACGCACCCUCCAGAAGAGUAAAUUUUAGUUUUAUAGCACAUCCAAGUAAAGAGCAACUCAUUUUGUACGGUGGCGAAUAUUUUAAUGGGAAGACGACGUUUGUCUACAACGAUCUAUUCUUCUACAAUAUCGCCAAUAAUAAAUGGACCGUGGUUAAAGCACCAGCAGGUCCGCCACCAAGAUGUGGCCAUCAAAUGGUCGCGACGGCAGCUAACAAGGGUCAGCUGUGGAUUUUCGGUGGAGAAUAUGCUUCACCAACACAAUCGCAGUUUUACCACUAUAGAGACCUCUGGGUAUAUCACAUAGGUUCAAAACAGUGGGAGAAAAUUGCGGCGCCGAACGGACCCAGCGCUAGAAGCGGCCAUAGGAUGAUUUUACUCAAAAAACAGUUGAUCGUUUUUGGUGGUUUUCACGACAACCUCAGAGAUUAUAAGUAUUUCAACGACGUUUACAGUUUUAACACAGAAACGUACACUUGGAUGAAACUGGAAGCGGUUGGAGUACCGCCUGCUCCACGAUCUGGAUGUUGUAUGGUAGCGUUGAAUGACGGAAGGGUUCUUAUUUUCGGCGGAUAUAGUAAGGAAAAGCUGAAAAAGGAUGUCGAUAAAGGGCACGUGCAUACCGAUGCGUUUUUAUUAGCCCCAGACAAAAAUGAUACGACGGGUACUAAAUUCAAAUGGUCCCAAAUAAAAAUCGGGGGCAUUAAUUAUUCUCCUAGGUGUAGUAUGAGCGUUACAACAUCCAUAAAUAAUUUAUCGGCAUAUUGCUACGGUGGCGUCUUUGACGUUGAGGAUGACGAAGAGAAUAUUGCCGGAAAUUUCUUUAACGAUUUUUACCAACUAGAUUUAGAGAAGCUACUUUGGAAAAACUUGACCCUCUCUGGAAACAAGGAAGAACUUUCGAAAACAAAAAGGAGAAAGAAUAAAGAUACUGACGACGGGGAUGAAGAUGAAGGAACGGAAAUCGAGGAAAUCGAAGAAAAAGUAGAAUCGACGACUAUCUCAGAUGACGGAAUUUUUAAAGUUACCGUUGGUCCGGCUUCCACUUCGGCGGGAAGUACUUCAACGUCUACCGAACUAACCACUAAAGUGUUUCAACCCUCUCCUCGAAUUAAUUGCGGGUUAGCUAUAAAACACGGCAUCUUGUAUCUGUACGGGGGCAUGUUUGAAGAUGGCGACAAACAGAUCACCUUCAACGAUUUUUACUCGUUGGACCUAAAAAAGUUGGACGAAUGGAAAACUUUAAUCCCGAACGACACUGCUGUGAUGGAAUGGUUAGGCUCAGAAUCUGAGGAAAGCAACGAGGAGGAAGACAGUGAAGAAGAAUCUGCUUCUGACGAAAUGGAAACUGACUGAAGGCAUUAAAUAAAAAUUAUAAUUUAGUGUUUUAUUAA